UAUAUUCCCAACAGUUUCUGCUUCUACUUCACCGUAAUUUCUUUCUGUUCUUGCAUUUGUUCUUACUUCUUCUUCUUCUUUUUUUUUUUUUUCCCAAAAGCUCCUCGCAUUCUCUCUCUCUUCGUCAAAAAGUAUGGUUAUAAUUUCUAAGAGUCAUCAUUUCGAUCUUGCAACUUCUGUUAUCCUUUUUCUGUAAAUGAACGGCGGAAUUUCUUUCAAAGAAAUUAUGCAUUUAACACUUUUUUAUUUUUCACUGAAAAAGGAAUGAGAAACUUAUAUAUCGAGGAUGAGUACUUGAAUUCCUUUACUGUUGAAGCAUCGAUGUACCUUUGUUGGAUUUUCUCCACCACUUUUUUUUGUUUCUUUCCUUUUGAAGUUGAAGAAUUUAAUUGAGGAUAAGAAUCCUUUAUCCGCUUGUUUGUUUCAAUCGGUGUAUAAUUUUGCUUUUCACUGGUUAUUACUUUAAUUUUCAAGUUUAUGCUUCCCUUUCCACGCCCUUACGAUUUUCUACUUCUUACUUUCUUUGCUCCACCUUCAAUCAUCGCCGGUAACCUCUCACUUCUUCAUUUUUCAGAAUGCUGAGAAAAAUGUGUUUAUUUCGAUGCAACAUUUUCUUCCUUCGUUGUCAUGUUGGCAAUUCAGUGAUCUCUGUGCUGCUUUUUCUGCUGUUCCUCUGUUUCGUUAUUACUGAGAAACUGAUGAAGGCGUAAUCUCUUAGAACAAUGUCAGAUUUAAACGUUCCUUUGCGUCCAAAGAGGAAGAAGGUUUGGGUGGAUUACUUUGUGCAAUUCAGAUGGAUUUUAGUUAUUUUUGUUGUUCUUCCUAUAUCAUUCAGCCUAUACUUCUUCACAUAUCUUGGGGACGUCAGAUCUGCCUGGAAGUCCUAUAAGAAACGCCAAAAGGAACAUGAUGAAAAUGUGCAGAAAGUUGUAAAGCGCCUUAAACAAAGGAACCCAGCAAAGGAUGGACUUAUUUGCACAGCUCGUAAGCCUUGGAUUGCUGUUGGAAUGCGAAAUGUUGACUACAAACGAGCGCGUCACUUUGAGGUCGAUUUAUCUGCUUUCCGGAAUAUUUUGGAUAUCGACAAAGACAGAAUGAUCGCCAAAGUUGAACCCCUUGUGAACAUGGGGCAAAUAAGUAGAGCCACUGUUCCACUCAAUCUUGCUCUUGCUGUAGUUCCUGAACUUGAUGAUCUUACUGUUGGUGGACUCAUCAACGGGUAUGGAAUUGAAGGAAGCUCCCAUCUCUAUGGCUUGUUCUCGGACACUGUUGUGGCUUACGAGAUUGUUCUAGCAGAUGGCCGAGUUGUUAGAGCUACUAAAGAUAAUGAAUACUCAGAUCUUUUCUAUGCAAUCCCAUGGUCACAAGGGACAAUUGGUCUUCUUGUUGCUGCUGAGAUUAAGCUCAUACACGUUAAAGAGUAUAUGAAAGUUACAUAUAAACCUUUUAGAGGGACAUUAAGAGAGAUUGGACAAGCUUAUAUGGAUUCUCUUGCACCUAGAGAUGGAGAUCAAGAUAACCCAGAAAAGGUUCCUGACUUUGUUGAGACUAUGAUUUAUACCCCUUCUGAAGCUGUGGUCAUGUCAGGUAGAUAUGCUUCCAAAGAAGAGGCCAAGAAAAAGGGAAAUGUGAUAAAUCAGAUUGGAUGGUGGUUCAAACCAUGGUUCUACCAGCAUGCAUCUACAGCACUAAAGAAAGGGGAGUUUGUGGAGUAUAUUCCUACAAGGGAUUAUUAUCAUAGGCACACAAGGUCUUUGUAUUGGGAGGGAAAGCUUAUCCUUCCCUUUGCAGAUCAAUGGUGGUUCAGAUUUUUAUUGGGAUGGAUGAUGCCUCCCAAAGUUUCACUGCUCAAAGCUACUCAAGGUGAAGCUAUCAGAAAUUAUUAUCAUGAAAUGCAUAUUAUUCAAGACAUGCUUAUUCCUCUUUACAAGGUUCCCGAUGCUUUGGAGUGGGCUCAUCGUGAGUUUGAGGUUUACCCUGUUUGGCUCUGCCCACACAGAAUCUUCAAGCUUCCAGUCAAAACCAUGAUAUUUCCGGAACCAGGAUUCGAGUUACAAAGUCGACAAGGCGACACGAAAUAUGCUCAAAUGUACACAGAUGUUGGACUCUACUAUGCACCAGGCCCUGUCCUGAGGGGCGAAGCUUUCGACGGUGCCGAAGCUGUUCGUAGAAUGGAGAAAUGGCUUCUAGAAAACCAUGGAUUCCAAGCUCUAUACGCGGUUUCGGAAUUGAAUGAGAAAGAUUUCUGGAAGAUGUAUGAUGCUGGGCUGUAUGAACAAUGCCGUAAGAAAUAUGGAGCUGUAGGAACUUUUAUGACAGUGUACUACAAGACCAAGAAAGGUCGAAAAACUGAGAAGGAAGUGAGGGAAGCGGAACAAGCUCAUCUCGAAACUACUUAUGCUGAAAUGGAACAACCCAAUUAAAUCAAGUUCUUGCUUCAAAUAUUUGGUGGGUUUUCUUACUUAAUUCUCUUCUUCUUCUUCUUCUUCUUCUUCUUUUGUACUCCUUUUUUUUUUCUUUUUUCAAGCAAUUGAUGCUUUUGUAGUUUCAUAUCUGAGAUCUUAGUUGCCUGUUUAACCCGCCUUGACUCUCCGAGUGGUUAAUUUGAGAAUAAUGUUGUUGUAGUUUGAACGGUUGAAUUUGAUGGAUUUAUCAUUGGAGUUUCUCUUUGA